AUUUGUGCAUGGAUGGACUUUCCUUCGAGAGUCAACAAGGUAAAAACGAGCAGAAAAGUUAUUCUGCAGUUCUCUGUGUUUUGGUUAGUACUAAGUGCGGCGCGGUUCUAAAUAUAAUUUGCUCCGGAGUCACAAGACUGAUUCGGAGGCGAGACCGCUGACGGGUUCAUGUCUGCGGAGACUGAAUACACCGAGCCAUGGAAUAGGCAGCAAGUUGCCAGCUGAGUAGCCUUUGAACUACACUAGUUCUGUGAUAAAUUCGCCGAAGCCAGGUAUGUUUUUCCGUCUCCAAGGAAUGCGUUGCUGAUGUCACGGUGGAGGAGGUAGAACAGGUGCGGGGAACAAAGUUAGACCUGGCGAAUUUUGGAUGAAGAACUGUCGGUUGAAUUUUACCUUUGGGGAACAGUUGUUUAUGCUUUAAUCAACGACACACGGUACUUGUUCGGGGAUAAUUUGUUCAUCAAAUCGACUUUGCCUAAAGCUUAGGCUGUGCUUGACGAAUGAUCGCUCCAGCGUUUACUUAGAUUGUGCGUAAUAUUAUACAACUGUGUAUAGAUCAAUUGACUGAAAGGCUACUCCUGAACUACAGCUGCGUUUCCAAGAAUUUAGCGCCAGGGACUAACACCAAAAGCCGGGCGAUCGAUCUCGGAUCCUGCGACAACACUGACGCAGGUUGUCUCGCAGUAGCCUACUGAAUUGUAGGCUUAUGAAGACAGGUGAUGUUCCAGUAAUUCAAUAGACGUGAUGUUAUAUGGAUAAUGCUCUCGAAUGACAUCUGUUAAAGGAAUGAAAUGGGAUGCAACAACCCUGUAUCUCUGAGGACUCUAAAGGCUUACGGGAAGGAUUAAACAUGUCCAAAACCUUGAAGAAAAAGAAGCACUGGUCUGGUAAAGUCCAGGAGUGUGCAAUAUCAUGGGGGAAUGCCGGUGAGUUUGGCUCGGUUGUGGAGGUACGAGGGGGAGCAGAGCUAGGAGAAUUCCCGUUCCUGGGACAAGUGAUUAGCGAGGCGAUCGUCUGUCAUGUUGGGAGGUUACCAAACAGCGGAGACGUGCUUCUAGAAGUCAAUGGCACCCCUGUCAGCGGCCUGACCAACCGAGACACCCUCGCUGUCAUCCGCCACUUUCGGGAACCAAUACGUAUCAAAACCGUCAAGCCAGGCAAGGUGCUGAACACGGACCUGCGUCACUACCUCAGUCUGCAGUUCCAGAAAGGCUCGCUGGACCACAAGCUCCAGCAAGUGAUCAGGGACAAUCUGUACCUGCGCACCAUUCCUUGUACCACACGACAGCCCAGAGAGGGGGAGGUUCCCGGAGUGGACUAUAAUUUCAUCAGUGUUGGGGAGUUCCGUGUGCUGGAGGAGAGUGGCCUGCUGCUGGAGAGCGGAACCUAUGACGGUAACUACUACGGGACACCCAAGCCCCCGGCCGAGCCCAGCCCUGUGCAGCCUGACCUGGUAGACCAGGUGCUGUUUGAUGAGGAGUUUGACACGGAGGUGCAGAGGAAACGCACCACCUCCGUCAGCAAAAUGGACCGGAAGGACAGCGCCGCUCCCGAGGAGGAGGAUGAGGAGGAGAGAGAGCGGUCACCAAUGGUCAAUGGACUCACAGAGCACAAGGACCAGGCUGGACACGAGUGGAGAAAGUCAGUGCCCAGCUACAACCAGUCCAGCAGCGGAGCCAUGGACUUCAGGACCUGGAGCUCCUUAGCUCACGACGAGAGCCAGGAACCCCUGCCCAAGACCUGGGAGAUGGCCUACACGGAGACUGGCAUGGUCUACUUCAUAGAUCACAACACCAAAACCACCACCUGGCUGGACCCCAGGCUGGCCAAGAAGGCCAAGCCCCCAGAGAAGUGUGAGGAUGGAGAGCUUCCAUACGGCUGGGAGAAGAUCGACGACCCUCAGUAUGGAACCUAUUACGUGGACCACAUCAACCAGAAGACCCAGUUUGAGAACCCAGUGUUGGAGGCCAAGAGGAAGCUUAGCCUGGACACCCCCUCCCCUGUCCCUCAGGGGGCUUCCACACCAUCAGAAGAGCCGGGCGUGGGUGUGAGGGGCUUUGUGCGUGACCCAGCCCAUCUUCAGGGCACCAUUCUGAGGACAGCUCUGAGGAAGAGCCCCCAGGGGUUUGGCUUCACCAUCAUUGGGGGUGACCGGCACGACGAGUUCCUUCAGGUGAAGAACGUGCUGGGAGACGGGCCUGCCGCGCAGGACAACAAGAUGGCGUCUGGUGACGUCAUCGUGGACAUCAACGGGCAUUGUGUCCUGGGGAAGACCCAUGCUGACGUGGUUCAGAUGUUUCAGUCUGUCCCAGUCAACCAGUACGUGGACAUGGUACUGUGUCGGGGCUACCCCCUCCCUGAGGACACCAGCGGGAGUGACGACGCCUCAGGGGAUGUAGCCGCCGCCCUGCCCUCCGAAGUAUCCCCUUCAACCUCAAACCCCCAGGACAUCCAUUAUAUCACCAGCCCCGACGGCACCCUGCCAAGACAGACCGCUGCUGCUGCAGUCCAAGCCAUGACGAACGGGGGGAGACACUACCCUGAGGGUCCAGACCCUACACUGUUACAGCCGGAGUUGGUAGCCGUGCCCCUGGUAAAGGGGCCUGGAGGGUUUGGCUUCGCCAUCGCGGACUGCCCCCUGGGCCAGAAGGUGAAGAUGAUCCUGGAUGCCCAGUGGUGCAGGGGCCUUCUGAAGGGGGAUGUGAUCAAGGAGAUUAACCGGCAGAACGUCCAGACGCUGAGCCACGCCCAGGUGGUGGACAUCCUGAAGGACCUGCCGGUGGGCAGCGAGGUCAACGUGCUGGUCCUGAGAGGAGGUCAGACGUCUCCAGUGAAGUCUCUAAAACCUUGCACAGCUCCCAUGUCACAGCAGAGACAGGACAGACAGGAGAGGGAGAUGACGACCAGCACAGAGACCCUCAGUCCCACAGAGCUGGCCCCGGCUCCCCCGCCCCUUCCCUUCCCCACUAACACCAUGCGCUCAGCCUCCCCCAAACCAGACCCAUCAGAGCUCUACCUCAAGUCCAAGGCACUGCUGGACAGCAAACCCCCUAACACCAAGGAUCUGGACGUGUUCAUCAAAAGGAACCAAGAGUCAGGCUUUGGUUUCCGCGUCUUAGGGGGAGAGGGGCCGGAUCAGCCUGUUUACAUUGGUGCCAUCGUGCCCCUGGGCGCAGCGGAGAAGGACGGGCGUCUGCGGGCCGGUGAUGAGCUCAUGUGCAUCGACGGAGUGCCCGUCAAGGGCAAGUCACACAAGCAGGUGUUGGAGCUGAUGACCAACGCUGCCCGCAAUGGCCAGGUCAUGUUGACCGUCCGCAGGAAACUGGCUCAAACGGAGGGCAGUGGCGAGGAGGGUGGGGGUCAUCAGCUGGUGGCUCCAGUCAUGGUUAACGGUUCCCCCAAGCCCCCCCGCAUUGAAGCCCCCACAGCCAGCUCCCUGCACCACCCAGAGAGCUAUGACGUCACCCUGCAACGCAAAGACAACGAAGGCUUUGGGUUCGUCAUCCUCACCUCCAAAAACAAGCCUCCUCCUGGAGUUAUCCCGCACAAGAUUGGCCGCAUCAUCGACGGCAGCCCCACGGACCGCAGCGGUCAACUAAAGGUGGGCGACCGUAUCUCGGCGGUCAACUCGCAGUCCAUAAUGGAACUGUCUCACAACGACAUUGUCCAACUCAUCAAAGAGGCUGGCAACACUGUCACGCUGUCUGUGAUGCCGGAGGAUGAGAAUAGUGCUCCUGCAUCUGGAACCAGUUCAGCCAAGCAGAGCCCAGCAGCACAGCACAGAGCCAUGGGUCAGCAGCCUGCCAGCCACAGUGACAGGAACUGUGAGAUGGGACAACUCAUUACCUCAGGCCCCAAACAGGGCUGUUUCCAUGUGGAACUGGAACGAGGCCAGCGGGGUUUCGGAUUCAGUCUGAGGGGAGGGAAGGAAUACAACAUGGGCCUGUUCAUACUGAGACUGGCCGAAGAGGGACCCGCUCUGAAGGACGGAAGGAUCCACGUAGGAGAUCAGAUCGUGGAGAUCAACGGUGAGCCCACCCAGGGCAUCACACACACCCGGGCCAUUGAGCUGAUCCAGGCCGGUGGCACCAAGGUUCUGCUUCUUCUCAGACCAGGCCUGGGCCUUGUCCCCGACCCCAGUAUGAAGGAGAAAGUGAACAUCUCACCCUCAGGUUUUCCAAGACCCUCUACAUCUGACGAGCAGUCGUCCCCUGCCUCUCCAUCCUCAGUCUCUCUGUCCACCUUCGACCUGUCCCCCCCCUCCUCCGCCAACACCGCUGUCCCCCAGGAGCCCUCUGACUGGGACACAUCCGCUGCCCCCUCCCCCUCCAAGCUUCUGGAGCCCAGCAAGACCCGAGGCCAGCAGCCUCACCACCACAGAAGAGCCCACAGUCCAAACUCGAACGCCGCCCCACGGAAGAGCGAUUCCGCCACGUCUCAUAGCGACAAGACGGCUGGCCCUGAGAGAGCCACGGGGGCUGAAACCAAGGAGCGUUCCCAGAGUCCCAGGAAGACAGACCGAGGAGACCGAGGCCAGGCAAGGAGUGCUGAACAUAGGAACGGCUCAGUGGAGGGGAACCAGAGAAGGGAAAGAAAAGCCCAAGGCCAGAGAGAGGGCCGCUCUUCCAGCCCCAGGAAGACUACCUCUAAAAGGGAUCCGGAGGCAGCCAUCUCCAGGCAGCCAUCGAAGGGCCAAGAGGAGGGCCAGAGGCACUCCGUGGGUCAUCUUCCCAGCUCCAACCCGGCCACGAGAGAAGGCACACAGGGAAGAGAGAGGAGGCGCAAGGAGGACCCCGCUCACAGACAAGAGCGAGAAACCGGAACAAAUGACCGAGGCAUGAAAGACCAGGGGGCAGAGCGUGGGCCUCGUGGAUCCAAUUCCCAGGGGCCAAAGGAGAAGACCGCGCCGGACUCAGACGGUGGAACUCUGAAUCAGAGAGAGAGGGGUCAGAGGAAUAGCAAACAUGCAGAGGCUUCAGAGGAAGAAACUAAGAGGGACACUAGAAGUCACGCUGCCAACCUGGACCCCACUAGUAACGGGAACCCUGGUGGCAAGAAGCAGGCCACCAUCACCCCUGGUCCUUGGAAGGUCCCCACCUCAGCCAAGAUCCAUCAUUCUCAUGUGGAGGGAAACUGAUGCAUCGUAGAUGGACUAAUCUGUCUGUACAGAUAAAUACAGGGCUUCAACAACUCAGCUAAUCAGCAGCGGGGUGACAUUUAGAAUAGAAAAGCAAGGAUUGGAAGGGACUGAGGCUGCCCUGCAUUGCUGUGUUAAAACUCAUCACAUUGCCUCCACCUUCUUUUCACAGCUGGACUCAGCCAGCGUUCCUAUAGGCGGUUUUUGUGUUCUGUUUGUGGCUCUGUGGAGGUGGUGGUUAGGGGCCUGUGUCGGAUCUGUAAGACGUGAAGGAAAUCGGAGAGACUCUGCCAAUCAGUUUUCGUGCCAAUCAGAGAGACUCUGACUUGGGAGUUGGUCUAUGUCAUGUGACAUGUUGUCCUUUCUUUAAUGUAAGAAUCUUUUGUACAUGAUUGAAUAGAUGAGGUGCUUCAAUGAUACCUUUGAUGAAGGAUGUUGUUUGUCACUAUGAAGGUUCUAAAAGACAGACUUGUAUCCAGGCAACAACCUGCCGUUGUGUUCCUGGUGGCUACUGGGAUUGAUCCACUGCUAUAUUCUUGAUGGAUGUGUGAAGAGGUGGCGGUUAUGUCUCAAGUCUCCUGGAGAUUAUGGGGGUUGGGUUUUCAAUCAGUUUCUGUCCAUUGCUAGAUAUGGAGUCCAGACAUGUGGACCUGGUGUCUAGGCUACAUAUUCUAUAGACUAAAUCGCUGUGUUGUCAUCAGCUUUGCUGUGGAUUUUAGAUCCUUCCAGCAAAGCUUUCUAUACAUGUUUAUCUGAAGACCAUACACUUGUGGUUAGGUAUAUGGUUUACUACUGUGUGUGUGUGUGUGUGUUUAUUAUGAAUAUUGUAAUUUAUUGAGAUUUAAAAUAUAAUGCGUAUAUAUGUACCCAUACUGAGCCAUUCCUCAUGUUGUUGUACUGACGUAAGUUUAGAAAUAGAAUGUUUCCAGAUACCACAGACUCCUGUCAUUAGACUGUUACCACAUAGCCACCUGUGGUAAUAUUUCAACCACUGGUCAUGGUUGGUGUACAUUACGUACACGUCACUGUAUCAAUUUACCCGUCACCAUGUCGGAUGAUCUGUCAAUCACAUAUGUACUACUAGAUAAUUGUAUACCAUAUCAGUGUAUGAGCCCCAUACAUUCUCGAUCCAUCCAUCCAUUCACAGCCUAUUCCAUUCUUAAUCUGUAAUGUUUAUUGUAAGCAGCUAAUCUAGGUCCUCUAGCAAAAUGUGUAUACUGCAAGCUGACAGGUAUGCGUUUUAAACAUCGCUGUAGCUUUGACUGUAUGUUAUCUAAUAUAUGUAUUAUUUAGCAAGAUGUUUCUUAAUUUACAUGUGGGGGUAAAAUGUAGCUUCACUGGUUAAUAAGUAAGACCUUUGCAUAUUUGUGACACAACCAUUUUUCAUAUUUCAGUGUGCCCAUCAUUGUUUAUGUACACUUCCAAUUUAAUAUUCAAUAAAAUCAGAAAAUUACAAGAAUACCCAAAAAAAAUUACAUUCUGCUACACAUCAGACUGUAGUGCCCUCUACAGGAGAAAGGGAAGUAACGGAAGAAAUUAUAUCUGUUAUGUUAACCUACUCAGUUUGUGCAUCAAUUACUGUGGCAGUUUUUAAAAAUAUCUGCUAAGGCCUUUUGUUUGGGUGGGUCCAGCUUCAAGUGUGUUAAACUCUUCCAAGCAUCUCUAGAAGUUCUAAAUACUGCAUUGCAAUAUGGGGAAUACCAAUACAUCAUAAUUUAAUUUGAAGCUGUUGAUAUCAUAGGUUGGUCACCUUGCUUGUCCUGUGUUGUUGCAAAAUAUUUAAAAACAAAUACAUAUUGAAUUGUUUUGUGAGAACAGUAUACUGAUCAAGAUUACCAUCCUUCAUAUCACGUGUCUAUAUAUAAGAAUGUGGCCUUGCAUUGCUUCAUCAGAGAAAAAAAUAAGCCUUUUGGUCUCUAUAUGUGGUAGUUGUAAAUGUUUAUAAAUUGUACAGCACCUGUAUAAAUACUUGCCUUCAUUAAUAACAAACUGUAAAUCGCUCCAUUAUUUUUUUAAUAAUCGAGAAGGAAAUUAUAUAAGGCGAUGAGAGGAAAUAAGUUGGUAAUGACCUUCUGUUCACGCACUGACAAAUAAAGUUUUACUGAAUAAACAUA